AUGGAGUCUGAUGCUGUUUCGAGGACGAAACAGAGCAAUAUCUUCCGAUUGAAGUGCUCCGUUCAUAAUUAUGAUUGGGGAAUCAAAGGAUAUGAUUCUCGCGUCGCUAGGCUCUUCGCCUUGAACUCAGGAUCCAUUAUCGAUCCUGAUAAACCCUACGCUGAAUUCUGGAUGGGAACUCACGAUUCCGGACCGUCGUUUUUAAUUGCCGCUACUGAGAAUGGCGGCUCGGUUGACUCCGAUUCUACUUCCUUGAAGUCAUGGGUUUCGGAAAAUCCAAAUGUCCUCGGCGAUAAGGUCGUUGAGAAAUGGGGCGCUGAUAUCCCCUUUCUGUUCAAGGUUCUUUCUGUGGCGAAACCAUUGUCGAUUCAGGCUCAUCCGGAUAAGGAAUUGGCGAAGGAGCUUCAUAUGUUGCAACCUAAAGUCUAUAGAGAUGCAAAUCACAAGCCUGAAAUGGCGCUGGCGAUUACGGAGUUUGAGGCUCUGUGUGGGUUCAUCAGUCUCGAGGAGUUGAAGGAUGUUCUUCAUACUGUUCCUGAGAUUGUAGAAAUGAUUGGCGAUGCAGACACAAACAGAGUGUUGUUGUUAAAUGAUGAAGACGAUGAAGACGACCUGAAGUCUGCUCUGAGGUUGGCUUUCACCCAGUUGAUGUCAGCAUCCAAAUCGUUGAUUUCGAAAGCGAUAUCUGAAUUGAAGAGACGACUGAACUCCGAAAGUGAGGUGAGGCCCCUAACUGCUAAGGAAGCUUUGGUUUUACAACUGGAGAAGCAAUAUCCAGAUGAUGUGGGCGUUAUAGCAGCCUUCUUCUUAAACUAUGUGAAGCUCACUCCUGGAGAAGCUCUGCACCUUGGGGCAAAUGAGCCUCAUGCAUACAUAAGCGGUGAGUGUAUCGAGUGCAUGGCAACGUCCGAUAAUGUCAUCCGGGCUGGCCUAACUCCCAAGUUUCGCGACGUCCAGACUCUCUGUGCCAUGCUUACUUACAAACAGGGCUUUCCUGAAAUCCUCCAAGGAGUUUCCAUGAAUCCAUACAUAACAAAGUACGUUCCACCAUUUGACGAAUUCGAGGUAGAUCGUUGUGUUCUGCCAGGAGGGGCAUCCGUCGUAUUUCCAGCGAGCCCGGGUCCUUCGAUAUUUCUGGUUGCUGGAGGAGAGGGGACGAUGCUGCAUGAAGAAUCACAUAGAAGUGAUGUAAUCAGUGAAGGAGACGUCCUCUUUGUACCCGAUGAAGCUGAAAUUAAUAUAACAAGUGAAGUUGAGUUGCUCAUUUUUAGAACAGGAGUGAACCACAAGUUCUUUGACACAUUCAUGAAUGGUAAAUAACAGAUUGACCUUCAUUCUUUUUUCUUUCACACACUUUUCUAAGAUAGUUUCUUAUGAUGAUGUAUAUUUUUUUUUUGUUUGUUCAUUGAGUUGUAUAUCAGAAACUAAAUGUUUAUGAUCUGUUUAUUUGUAUAUCGGAUAUAACAAUUAAUUCCAAUAACACUACAAUUUCAAUGUAA